CCCCGUUCUCCGCUCCUGCUCCUCUCUAUGACCCAUCAUAUUCACGGCCAGGACUCGGAGGAUACCUCUGGCACUUUGCCCCGGGGCUGUGGAUGGGGCCUGGUGCGCCCCUAUACCCUUCUCUGUGACCUGGACUCCAUAUGGGGCGUGGCUGUUGAGUCGGUAGCUGCUGGCGGGGCGUUGGCGUCCAUCUUGCUGGCACUGGUCCUACUCUGCCGUUUACGCCACGUCAGCGAGGCGGAGAAGCGCAGUGGCGUCGGGCCCGUUCUCCUGCUGCUCCUCGGUAUCCUAGGCCUGUUUGCCCUGAGCUUUGCCUACCUAAUUGAGCAGGACGAGUCACUGUGUCUCCUCCGCAGGGCUCUUUGGGGCCUCCUCUUCGCGGUCUGCUUUUCCUGCCUGCUGGUACAAGGUGUUCGUCUGCGCAGGUUAGGCCGGGAGCGUCGGAGCCCGGGGGGAUGUGCCCUCACAGGCUUGGCCUUGGGUUUGAGUUCUGUGCAGGGCAUCAUCGCUGCUGAGUGGCUGCUUCUGACCGUGCUGAGAGAAGGCCGUGCUGCCUGUCAGUACUUGCCUCUGGACUUCUCGCUCGCCUGCAGCUAUGUGCUAGCCCUUCUGCUAGCUGCAUUAACCGCCGCCUCCCUGGCGCUGUGCGGUAAGACGUGCCAGUGGCGCUGCAAUGCCGUCUGGCUGUUGGUGACCUGCCUGCUGUCUCUGCUCCUCUGGGUUGCCUGGGUCGGUUUCUACCUAUGCAAUGCCUGGCUGGGGAGGUCCCCUGACUGGAGACCGGCCCUGGCAAUAGCUCUGGUGGCCCAGGGCUGGCUGCUGUUGCUCUUCCACGCUAUCCCCGAGGCCCACAUCUGCCUGAGACCCCCGCCACAGCCCACCGCCCCCGACUACUUCGACACCUCCCAGAACUCAACGCGGAUGAGGGAGACCAGCUUCGACGAGGACAUCCCCCUCUCCCACAGGCAGUUUGUGGAGAACCAGGGCUACGGAUACAACGACGAGAACACUGCAGGCCUGAGGAGCGGUGGUGGCCACCAUAACGGUAACACUGGCGCCAGGCCCAGCGCCCCCUUCCGCAGUAACGUGUACCAGCCCACCGAGAUGACCAUGAUCCUGAACGGGGGGAGCGGUGAGUACAGCAUCACAGUCACAGAUUGCUACCGUAUGGGUAAGGUCUCGCACACUGGGCAUACUGAAAUAGAAGUGGAGUGGUGGGCCUGCUCCGAGCCCAGACAGGUCUUGUCCCACCGGGCCAGACUCCACUCAACGGCUCUCCGGGAUCGGGACCAAGCCGUGGGCCCCCAGAUCCUUUAG